UGGAAGCUUAACCAUGGCUAGCCAUCAAGCCUUUGCACCGUUAGAGCAAGAACCGAAAUUCAAAGUCCAGCGACAGAAACUCAGAUCGAGAGCAGACGAUGGAACAAAUGAUCGGAAAAAAGAAGACGUGAUCGCGCUUCCACCCGUUCGAGCUCUGGCAACAACCAGCCAAGAAAACCAGAUAGACAGACUACAAACUCCACUAAACAAAUGGCAAAUCCAUCGCUGUGCCACUCCCAACACCACUCCUUGUCAGGAGGAAUUAGUGAACGAGUGGUUACACAGGAAUCACAUCCAAGUGGUGGACAGGCUUCCCAAAAUGGACCCCGUGGUACUGACAAGCCGCGGCACAGAUGUUUCAAAGUAUAUUAGUUUCAUUCACCCACCACCUUUCAGUCUGAAACUCCUCUCUGGAACAACAGAGGAACAAAAAUAUCGAGACAAGAGGAACAAAUUGACCCAGGCUCCCUUACCAACAUGUAGCUCGCCGUGUCCUCGCCUCCUCAGAUGUCAGAGAUCUGACAGGGAAAUGUUCGCUGUAAAUCCUGUCAUACGAGUCGGCGGAGGAUAUCGCAGGCUCAGCUGGAAGGUUUUGGAUGUUCUACCCUCUAUUGGACAGUAUGACCCGGAUGUAGAUUCAGCGUACAGUUGUGCCUCAUGUCACGCAAACUUGCAAGUGGUGGAGAAGGUCACAAAUUCUCGCGGACGGGUUCGUUCGAUACUUACUACUCCUAAACAAUGCCACAAAUGUGGAGCUCCCACUACAAACUCUCAAAUACUCGCAGAAAAAGAUUUACAUGAAAGUGUUGUAGAUACUCUUCAUAGAGGAGAUUCAAGAUUUAUUGUGGAUCAUAGACGUUUUAAAAAAUCGAGCGUCGUGCAUCCUUCGUCGGGAAAUAACCCUGCAGAUUUGCAUUCAAAUUCGCCGAUGGAUUGGAGAGAUGAUCUGGAAUCUUUUCGCCUUCACAUGAGCAGGCAGAGUCAAACAGAAGACGACUUGGACACCAUUGUCUAAGGUUAUAAGCGAAAUCGUUCAG